CUUUUCCGUUCAGCUACCGAUAUUGGAACAUGUCGUUUUCAUCACCUGAAAGAAGAUCAGAGGAUUGGCCGGAGGAUUCCAAAAAUGGGCCAAUGGAUCAAGGAAAUUACGAUGGGCCUACAGGCAUCGACGGUGCCUUGGAUACAAAUUGGCAUGAUGUCGUGGAAAGCUUUGAUGACAUGAAUUUGAAAGAAGAACUGUUAAGAGGAAUAUAUGCCUAUGGGUUCGAGAAACCAUCGGCUAUUCAACAGCGCGCUAUUAUGCCGUGCAUCCAAGGCCGCGACGUGAUAGCCCAAGCUCAGUCAGGAACUGGCAAAACUGCUACUUUCUCGAUCUCCAUUUUACAACAAAUUGACACUAGUGUUCGUGAAUGCCAAGCAUUAAUCUUAGCACCAACCAGAGAGUUAGCCCAACAAAUUCAAAAGGUGGUGAUAGCUUUAGGUGAUCACUUGAAUGCUAAAUGCCAUGCUUGUAUCGGAGGUACAAAUGUCCGUGAAGAUAUUCGUCAACUGGAGAGUGGGGUGCAUGUUGUUGUGGGCACUCCUGGUCGUGUAUUUGACAUGAUAAAUCGCCGUGCUCUCCGUUCUAAUACUAUCAAGCUUUUUGUUCUUGAUGAGGCUGAUGAAAUGUUGUCUAGAGGAUUCAAAGACCAAAUUCAUGAUGUCUUCAAGAUGUUGUCUGCUGAUGUCCAGGUUAUUUUACUAUCGGCUACCAUGCCUGAUGAUGUAUUGGAAGUAUCACGAUGCUUCAUGAGAGAUCCCGUGCGCAUUCUGGUGCAAAAAGAGGAGCUCACACUGGAAGGUAUUAAGCAAUUCUUUAUUGCUAUUGAAGUAGAGGAGUGGAAACUGGACACACUCUGUGACUUGUAUGACACUCUCUCCAUCGCCCAAGCAGUAAUCUUCUGCAAUACUCGUCGCAAGGUGGACUGGCUUACUGAAUCCAUGCAUGAGCGUGAUUUUACAGUCUCUGCCAUGCAUGGCGACAUGGACCAGAGAGAGCGCGAGGUCAUCAUGAGGCAGUUCCGUACUGGCUCUUCUCGUGUUCUGAUCACCACUGAUCUUUUGGCAAGAGGCAUUGACGUACAGCAAGUGUCCUGCGUGAUCAAUUAUGAUCUGCCCACUAAUCGUGAAAACUAUAUUCAUAGAAUUGGAAGGGGUGGUCGUUUCGGCCGUAAAGGAAUCGCCAUUAACUUUGUGACUGAAGCUGACAAGAGAGCAUUGAAAGAUAUAGAAGAGUUCUACCAUACUACUAUCACAGAAAUGCCCAGCGAUGUGGCUAACCUCAUCUGAGGAGUCAACAAUACCUGUUUAUACUUUGUGUCCUGCAUUCUAUUGCGAUAUUAUAAGGUAAAAACUACCUACUGAGCCUGUUGAAACGCACUUUGGACACAACUAUGUGGAAAUAAUAAAUCAAAAUUUCCUCAUUUUGUUAUUACUUUCUUUUGACAGGUCCUUUUUGUAUCCUGUAUUCCCACAUGCUUUUGCAUUUUAAUUUUAAAAAUUGUUUUUCUACAUGGUUUUUAUGUUCAUUUCGAAUUAUUAUUUAUAUUUUUGGAAUAAAUUUUGUUCGAAUU